AUGGGCGCUUGGUCUACGCUAGAAUACAUCGCAAUCUCAGCCGAAUCCGCAGCCUCCGGGAGCGAUUUCUACCUAACAUCUGUGCCACCUUCGCUUGUGGAAGACCUCCCAGAAUCGUUAAGCCAGUAUAUCGGUGCUCCGUUAAAGGUGACUUCUCGUGAGGUUACGCAACUGUCAGAGGUUCGUGCGGAUAGGGUCUGCCUGCUUGAUCCCCGGGCGGAAAAGGAGCUAAGUCCUGCUGAUGCGGAGGUCUUUGAUGCUUUCAUUUUUGGGGGGAUUUUGGACCGCACGGCAGAGUUAAGGAAAUAUGGAUACCAAGGUCGCCAACUAGGAAAGCUUCAAAUGACUACCGACACCGCAGUCAGAGUUACAAGAAUGGUCAUUGAGGAACAACGGCCCCUGGUUAGUAUCCCGUAUAUGGACUAUCCAGAAUUGAAACUCAACAAGCACGAGUCCACCCAGAUGCCCUUUAGAUAUGUGAAGGGCGAAGACGGAGAACCCUAUAUGCCUGAGGGCAUGCUAGAGCUUAUCAAGAAGGACGCUGAUAAGGGCUUUGAUGAUUUCUUUUAG